AUGACGCCGGCAUCAACCUACCAAGUCCUCCACCGCAUCGGCCAGACCUUCUGCCACGUCCAGUACGCCGUCUGCGGCGCCGCAGCCAUGGUGGCAUAUGGCAACAACGCCUGUUGCUGCACUCACGUGAGUAUCGUGUGCCCGGCCUACGCCGGAGACGUCAUCAAGUCGUGGGCCGCAGCUACUAGCGACAUGCUGGUCUAUCCUGUCGAUAUGGGCUUUGGCGCAGAUAGGGCUCUAACGAAGAUUCUAACAAUGCCGGCGCUCGUGGACCGGAUUGCUGCCGCGUACGUGCUCGGAUUCGGCGGGUCUGCCACGGAAGAGGUUUGCUUGGAUGACGUAGCGGGCGACUUGACCUGGCUGCUGAGCCGGAUCUGCGAGGACGACCGGCCGGAGCAGCAGCUCACGAGCCAGGGUGUUCCCGCUAUUAGGAGCCCGGAGUUCUGGAUCGACUUUACGAGUGCGCAUCCCGGGCUUCCCGGGCUCUUUUACGACGCGGGGCUUCGGGCAGGGGUCGCUGAAAGUGCUAGGCCACAAGUUGAGCCGGAAGAUUCGCCGCUGCGAGACGGCGGCAGCGGCCUAGGGAGGAAGAGGCGGCUCACGGCAGGUUUUAACCUCGGACUUCACCGGCGUCGCCGGGAAGGGCCGAACAUGACGAGGGCGGAGGCCAGGAAGAUUUUGUCGGAUCCGCCAUUCUGGCGGAGGUCGUCCGGUCAGAUGUUUCGCCGUCGACGCGAGAUUGAGGGUUCGCUCGUCGGAGAGCCCAUGUCGGGUUUUGGCACCAGGGUCUCUCGCUUUUUGUUUGGCGACUCCCGCAAGUCGACGACAAGGCUCCGGGGAGGCGGCGAUCAUACAUGGCGUUACUCUCCCGCGGUUACCAAUUAA